AAAAUAUUAGUACAACGAAGAGGUUAAAAGCGUAAUUACGCCAAUAUCAUUCAAUUGGGUCAUGCCGUGUGGGCGGUUCAAGUCAAACACGGCUCCACUGUCACUCCGGAGAAAAAAAUUUCCACACGAUGACAAACCCAGCAUCAAACUUUCACAAGAUUCAUUGAACUUUAAUUUCUCCUUUUCAUUUCUGUAUAAUUUUAAAUUAUCCACUCAAAAUUAGUGAACUAUUGAGUUAAAAAGAAAAAAAAAAUUAUCGAAUAUCCAAAUCGAAGCUCUGUAUAUAUUUUCACAGAUCUAAACAACGCCGAUGCGAAAAGUGAAACAAUGGCGGACAAGUACGAAAAGGAAAACUUGGCUGAGAAAUACUUGGAAGGGAGGCCGAGAUCUUACCCCGCCGAGUGGUACUCCAAACUCGCCGCCCUCACCGCCGCCCACUCCCUCGCCUGCGACUUCGGCACCGGCAACGGCCAGGCCGCUCUCGGCGUUAGUCUCUUCUUCUUCUUCUACAUUCAAUUCAUUUAGGUUUUCGCUAUUUCUGAUACGAUCUGUACGAAAAUCGGAUGUGGAUGUAAUGUGUGAAGAAAUGGUUAGGGAUUUGAGGGAAGCUUGGGGAGGAGGAGAUCUGGUUAGAACCGUCGUGUAUAAAUGUUUUAUGGUCGCCGGAAAAGUUAAAGCAUAGCGGAUUUGAUCGUCUUGUUGAUUUGGAUUUGUUGGAUCUCUGAACUUCAGAUUCGUGAAUAUAGAGAUCUGUGUUUUGAUUUUUGCGUUAUGGAAAUUGUGGGAGAAUUGAAGUGAUGGUUGUUUUCUUUUU